UAUAACAAAACAGAAACUAGUGAAGCGUGACAAAUGAUGGUAGAAACAGCAAGCGGAUAUUUCAAGUUUUCAUUUCUUGUAUAAAUACCAGAGUUUUAUCUCGUAAGGCAUCGACUUAAGACUCUUACAGUUGAACAAAGUUCAAUACCAAUGGCCAAGGCAGUGCUACAUAUUCUUUUGCACACAUUAUUACUUGCAGCUCUUCUGAUGAGUUGCCAUGGCCAGGAAAGGAAGGUUCGCAUUGUAUACAUGGGAGAGAAGCCUCAAGGAGAUUUUUCUGUCGAAUCAACGCAUCAUUCCAUGCUAGAGAGGGUACUUGGAAGUACUUCAACCGCCAAAGAGUCACUAAUCUACAGUUAUGGGAAGAGUUUUAAUGGAUUUGCAGCGAAAUUAACUGAUGAAGAAGCUGCAAAAUUCUCAGAAAUGGAAGGUGUAAUUUCAGUGCUUCCAAACCAAAUACUAGAGCUUCACACUACGAGGUCAUGGGACUUCAUGGGUUUCCCCUCCAAAGGCAAAGUUGGAAGCCCUCAUGAAGGAGAUGUCAUUAUUGGGCUUCUUGACACAGGAAUCUGGCCAGAAUCCGAUAGCUUCAAUGAUGAAGGACUCAGCUCUCCACCUAGUAAAUGGAAGGGUAAAUGCCAAGGUGCCAACUUCACCUGUAACAACAAGAUCAUUGGAGCCCGUUACUACAACAGCGAAGGCUUCUAUGACAUAACAGACAUCAAAUCCCCAAGGGACUCCGAUGGUCAUGGAACCCAUACAUCUUCAACAGCUGCAGGAAGGGAGGUAGCUGGAGCAAGCUACUUUGGGCUAGCUGAAGGAACUGCAAGAGGUGGAGUUCCUGGUGCAAGGAUUGCAAUGUACAAAAUUUGCUGGUCAUCUGGAUGUUACUCAGCAGACGUCCUAGCAGCAUUUGACGAUGCCAUAGCAGAUGGAGUUGACAUUAUUUCAGUGUCCCUUGGUUUCAUUGGGUUUAGUCCAUACUUCAAAGAACCAAUUGCUAUUGGGUCUUUCCAUGCCAUGAAAAAAGGCAUCUUGACCUCAUGUUCUGCUGGAAACUCUGGGCCUUACCCACAAAGCCUCACCAAUCAUGCACCUUGGAUAUUAACUGUUGCUGCCAGCACCAUUGACAGAAAAUUUGUUGCUCAAGUUGUGCUUGGCAAUGGACAAGUCUAUACUGGUAUUGCCAUUAAUAGCUUCAACCUCAAUGGAACAUCACUUCCCUUGAUUUGGGGUGGAGAUGCUGCAAACUACUCUGCAGGUGCUGACCCGGAUAUUUCAAAAUAUUGCUAUAAUGGUGACCUGAAUUCAUACAAAGUACAAGGAAAGAUUGUUUUCUGCGAAGGAGUUGUCGUUGGCACUGGCAUUCUAUUAGCCAAUGGUGUGGGAGCCAUUAUGGCUGACUCAUCCAUUACUGAUGUUGGUUACAGCUUCCCUUUGCCAGCAACAAUAAUUAGUGUAGAAGAUGGUCUCACAAUUUUAAACUACAUCAGAUCAACAGAAACUCCGAUUGCCACAAUUCUGGUUGGUGAGACAUGGAAGGAUGUCAUGGCACCUAAUGUUGUAUCAUUUUCAUCUAGGGGACCCAACCCUAUCGCCCCAGACAUUCUCAAGCCUGAUCUCACAGCCCCUGGAGUAGAUAUUCUUGCUGCUUGGUCUCUUGUGGCCCCACCUUCCGUGGACCCGGACGACACUAGGAGUGUCAAAUUCAACAUAAUUUCUGGGACAUCUAUGUCUUGCCCUCACACUAGUGGUGCAGCUGCCUAUGUUAAGGCUGCUCGUCCGUACUGGUCACCUGCUGCCAUUAAAUCUGCCCUUAUGACCACAGCUUAUAUUGUGGACCCAAAGAAGCAUGAAGACCUUGAAUUUGCUUAUGGAUCCGGCCACAUCAACCCAUUGCAAGCAGUAGACCCUGGGCUCGUCUAUGAUGCAUAUGAGGCAGACUACAUAAAAUUCCUGUGCAUGCAAGGAUACAAUACCACCACGUUAAGACUCAUCACCGGAGACAACAGCAGCUUUUGCAAUACCUCAAAGCCUGGAAGAGCAUGGAACCUUAACUAUCCUUCAUUCUCUGUUGCCGUGGAAGAUGGCCAGCAGAUUAUGGCUGUAUUCACUAGGACAGUCACCAAUGUUGGCCCACCAAACUCAACCUACACUCUUAGUACAUACAUACCAGCCUCUAUUGAUGUUACUGUGGAACCGUCUGUGUUGUCAUUCUCUGCCAUUGGAGAGAAAAAAUCGUUUACAGUGCUGGUCUAUGGUCCAAAGAUUGCACAACAGCCAAUCAUAUCUGGUGCAAUCAUAUGGAAAUAUGGGCAUUAUGUGGUGAGAAGCCCACUUGUGGUAUACACAAUUCUCCCUGGUACUCUAUACCCUUCCUCCUUAAUGUCUCAGAAGAAAGCAAAUCUCAGAGUUUCUUCCAUGCAUCACAAGAAUGGGAUCCUCAAACACAAAUAAUGACAAUAAGUCUAGGCGCCCAAAUUUUCAUACAAUUUUUUUCCCAACUUUUUGAGGUCACAAGUUAUUAACAAUAAAUAAUAAAGUUACAUGGCCAAAUUGUGACCCGUUAGCCUGUAAGUAUGUACUGUGACAAAGCGACUCUUGCUCGCCCAACAUGAUUGUGGUUGUGUAAGUGGACUUAUGAAAUAACAACUUUUCAACGCAAUAAUUGUGAAAUAUGUUGCGAAAGAAAUUGUGUUUUAUCAUCACUAGUAUUGAGAUUUGUAUGUGCAUUUGGGAUGACAUUUCAAAUUUGUAUUGCUUUUACAAGUUGAAGAAGAAUUGAAAUGAUAAAACUUAAUGUUGGAGGCA